CGGCCCGGCCCCGGCGCGGCGGCGGCGCCAGCAGCAGGAAUUGUCACCCAUCACUAUGAAAAACUACAUCCUGUGAGUUCGUUUCAAGCUUCAUCACUUGCUUCAGAUAAGCUGUGCUCUGAGUUCUCCUGAGGACGGCUGGUGUCCUUGGGGAAGCAUGGCCUUCCAUGGCUGGAAGUGGCUCCUCCUCUUGGGCAGGCAGAACACCCUUGCCAAGGUGUGGAGAGGCAGGAGGGGAGGCCCCUCUCUGUGCUGGAAGCGCUGCUGCCACUGGAGCGCAGGCAAGUCUCUGGACCCUGAGGUGAGAGCGUUUUUGGAGGAGAACACCGAGGUCACCAACAGUGGGCAUCUCACACCAGAGAUCCGGCUGCGCCUCCUCACCCCUCACUGCAGGUUCUGGAGAGAAAAACCUGACCUGUGGCCUUAUGGGGACCCUUUCUGGGCAAUUUACUGGCCAGGAGGCCAAGCCCUCUCCAGGUAUAUUUUAGAUAAUCCACAUGUGGUUAAAGGGAGAUCAGUUCUGGAUCUUGGAAGUGGAUGUGGAGCAACAGCAAUAGCUGCUGUGAUGAGCGGUGCAUCCCAAGUCCUUGCCAAUGACAUUGACCCUAUUGCAGGAAUGGCAAUGAUCUUGAACUGUGAACUGAACCACCUGAAUCCCUUCCCCAUCACCAUUAAGAACAUCAUUAAUUCAGAGGCAGGCAACUGGGACCUCAUAGUUCUAGGAGAUAUGUUUUAUGAUCAACAGCUUGCUGAUGGUCUGCAUCACUGGCUGCAGAAGUGCAUCAGGAUUCACCAGACUGAAGUGCUGAUUGGUGACCCUGGCAGGCAUCAGUUUUUAAGCCACAGCAUUCGCAGUCAGCUGCACAAAGUUAUAGAAUAUUCACUGCCUGAGUAUACGAGACAAGAAAACAACGGGCUAACAUCAAGUAUUGUCUGGAGUUAUCAGCCCUCAAACAGCUUAGAUGAUUCUUGAAGCUGCCUUUCUAUGAGAUUUUGUCUCACUUGAUUGGCUUUUUGCAGGUAUAUACCAUGAAAAUGGGAACGAAACAAGGAACAUUAUCUGUUAAAGUAAACCAGCUUACUGUACCUUCACUGGACUGAUUUAAAUCAUGCUCACUGAGGCUUUUGCUCGAUUUGAUGUAAAAGCUACAUGCAAAGGGGCCUGCACUGUAGUGCAGAUCUACAGACAACUUACAUGUAGAAGUUUGCAUGCUUGAUGUUUCCCAUGUGUAUUUGUGUCUUGCUGACAUUACUGUGAAAUGUUUUGGAUGUCCAGCAUACUGCUGUGGGGAGAGGGCUGUGACUGAAGGACUACUGCAGUGCUUCCACAGGCUUUUGCAGCUUAUUUAUAGAAAAUUUCUAAAUAUAGAAAAUUAUUGCUGUCCUCCAUAAAAUUCUCCACUAGAUUAUUAGCUCAUAAUAUGCUCAACUUGAAGUGCCUUGCUCUUUUUCUGGGUAUCUCUUCUGAAUGUCAAAGUAACUAAUUUGAAUCUCCCCCUUUCCCUCUAUAAUAAAAAUUUCCUCUUCCUUGAAACUGACAGAGUGAUUAUGUAGGAGUUGCACCCAAAUCUAAAUGCUGCUUCUUGACUGCCAGCCAGUGUAAAAGCUUUAAUAAAUGGAAAGUGAAUAAAUAGUA